GGCGGUUAGUGGGCUUUAGCGCCUUUCCUGACGGCGGUAGAUUUGAAGCGCUUUACGGGGGCCGGGCCGGGAGACGAGACGUCGGUGGCGGUGCAGGUGAGAGGCGCGAAGGCGUCCGUCGGCGUGGCGUCACUUGCAGCGAUCCCCGGGAGCAAAAGGAUUGGCUCAGUUGUCCUUGUCUGCUUGCCUGAAACUGUAUCAUAUACACUUACAGACUGAAGUGUUGGAACCAUGGGAAUAAAGGUCCAGCGUCCUCGAUGUUUUUUUGACAUUGCCAUUAAUAAUCAACCUGCUGGAAGAGUUGUCUUUGAAUUAUUUUCUGAUGUAUGUCCCAAAACGUGUGAGAAUUUUCGUUGUCUUUGUACAGGUGAAAAGGGGACAGGGAAAUCAACUCAGAAGCCAUUACAUUAUAAGAGCUGUCUCUUUCACAGAGUUGUCAAGGAUUUCAUGGUUCAGGGUGGUGACUUCAGUGAAGGGAAUGGAAGAGGAGGAGAAUCUAUUUAUGGAGGAUUCUUUGAAGAUGAAAGUUUUGCUGUUAAACACAACAAAGAAUUUCUCUUAUCAAUGGCCAACAGAGGGAAGGAUACAAAUGGCUCACAGUUCUUCAUAACAACGAAACCAACUCCUCAUUUAGAUGGGCAUCAUGUUGUUUUUGGGCAAGUGAUCUCUGGCCAAGAAGUUGUCAGAGAGAUUGAAAACCAGAAGACAGAUGCUGCUAGCAAGCCGUUUGCUGAGGUGCGGAUACUCAGUUGUGGUGAACUGAUCCCAAAGUCUAAAGUUAAGAAAGAAGAAAAGAAAAGGCAUAAGUCAUCAUCGUCGUCAUCAUCCAGUGAUUCAGACAGCUCAAGUGAUUCUCAGUCCUCCUCGGAUUCUUCGGAUUCUGAAAGCGCUUCUGAAGAAAAAUCCCGUAAAAGAAAAAAGAAACAUAGGAAGAACUCCCGAAAACAUAAGAAGGAAAAGAAGAAGCGAAAGAAAAGCAAGAAGAGCCCAUCUAGUGAAAGUGAAGCGGAAAAUCUUGAUGCGCAGCCCCAUUCUACCGUCCGUCCAGAAGAGAUCCCUCCUAUACCAGAAAAUAGAUUCCUAAUGAGAAAAAGUCCUCCUAAAGCUGAUGACAAGGAGAGAAAAAACAGAGAGAGAGAAAGGGAAAGAGAGUGUAAUCCACCUAACUCCCAGCCUGCUUCAUACCAGCGACGAUUCUUAGUUACUAGGUCCGGCAGGAAAAUUAAAGGAAGAGGACCAAGGCGUUAUCGAACUCCUUCCAGAUCCAGAUCAAGGGAUCGUUUCAGACGAAGUGAGACUCCUCCACAUUGGAGACAAGAAAUGCAGAGAGCUCAAAGAAUGAGGGUGUCGAGUGGUGAAAGAUGGAUCAAAGGGGAUAAGAGCGAGUUAAAUGAAGUAAAAGAAAAUCAGAGGAGCCCAGUUAGAGUAAAAGAGAAAAAAGUAACCGAUCACAGACACAUGUCUGAGAGUCCAAACAGAAAAAUAGAAAAGGAAAAGAAAGUUAAAGACCAUAAAUCUGAAAGCAAAGAGAGAGAGAUCAGAAGAAAUUCAGAAAAAGAUGAUAAAUAUAAUAAAAACAAAGUGAAGAAAAGAGGCAAAUCAAAAAGUAGGAGUAAGAGCAAAGAGAGAUCCAAGAGUAAGGAAAGAGAAUCAAAGCAUAACAGACACGAAGACAAGAGGAUGAGGUCAAGAAGUAAAGACAGGGAUCAUGAGACUAUUAAAGAAAAAGAAAAACAGUUGGAUUCUAAAGGGAAAGACCAGGAAAGGAGUAGAAGCAAGGAGAAUUCUAAACAGGUAGAAUCAAAAAGCAAUGAGCAUGAUCAUAGCAAAAGUAAAGAAAAGGAUAGACGUGCACAGUCUAGGAGUAGAGAACGCGACCUAACUAAAAGUAAACACAGUUACAACAGUAGAACGAGGGAGCGAAGCAGAAGCAGGGACAGGAGCAGAAGAGUGCGCUCUAGAAGCCAUGACAGAGAUCGCAGCAGAAGCAAGGAGUACCACAGGUACAGAGAACAGGAGUAUAGGAGAAGAGGAAGGUCACGGAGCCGGGAUCGAAGAACUCCAGGACGAUCAAGAAGUAAAGACAGGAGGAGGAGAAGGAGGGAUUCCCGGAGCUCAGAAAGAGAAGAAAGUCAAAGCCGAAACAAAGAAAAAUACAGAGGCCAAGAAAGUAAAAGUUCACACAGAAAAGAAAAUUCUGAGGGUGAAAAAAGAAUGUACUCUAAAAACCGUGAUCAUAAUAGUUCAAGUAAUAACAGGGAAAAAAAGGCGGAUAGAGAUCAAAGUCCAGUAGUGUCAAAACCAAAACAGAGCAGUCAGGACAAUGAGUUGAAAAGUCAGGAGGACGAGAAGACCAGAUCUCCAGUGGAAAAAGAAAACCAAAAAUCAAAGGGUCAAGAAAAUGACCAUGUACAUGAUAAAAAUAAAAAGUGUGAUCAUGAGUCAAGCCCCGGAACAGAUGAAGACAAAAGUGGAUGAGUGAGUUGUGUACACUUAUUUCCUCCCUAUCUCAAAUUUUAAGUUUUCGAGACUUAACUGUUAUAUCUCUUUUUUGUUGUUGUUGUUGUUGUUCUCAUUGUUUUGGGGUUUUUAUGUUUGUCUCCCCCCACCCCCUUUUUUUUUUUAUGUGGACUUCAUUGAGUUGGUGAUCUUUUGAUAAUCUGCUACCUGGAUAAUUUGUACUGCAAAGUUUUAAUAAACUUGAAAUGAAAACAAACCACUUUGGUGUAAUAUUGUGUGCUAUGUUAAACUAUUUUAUGUAUUCAUUUUGGGUUGCAACAAUUAGUCAAUAGCAGCCUACUUUGCUUAAUCAGCCAUUUGGAAACAAGCUUAUCUGUUGGUUGCAGUACGUUGUUAGACAAGUUUGCUUUUUAAUAAAAAUCCCUUGAUAAACCACUAGAAGAAGUUUUGUACAGUUUUUGUUUUGCAUUUAUAAUAGGCUUACAGCAAUUUCUUUCAAUUACACAGAAGCAGGAUCUUUAUGGGAUUGUAAAUCAUCACUUGAUUUUACAGUUAUUUGUACUUUACUUACUUUCCUUGUGCUUUAUACCUUAUACUUUACAAUUCUAGCUGUAGCGUGUUCCUUAGUACUGUCCAUGUCUCUGAGCUAUCAAAAUGAGAUGAAUGCUGUUUUCAGUUUAGGUGCUGGUUGAGCUUGAGUUGCUGUUAUACAGCAUUUGACAGAAAUUAUACCUUGGAAGAUCAGGCUAUGUUUUCAAUUCUUGUUGCUUUUGGUGUGAAGAACUGAAAUUGUUGCUUUUUAAGAACAUGUUAUUACCUUUUUCUAACAAUUUAAAAAAUACAUUUCUCAUUAAAACAUACUACUUGUGUAGGUACUUAAGCUAGACUGAUUCUAAAAAGCAUUAGUAUUGGAAAUAAGAUUUCACUAUUUUGGCUACUAGCCUAUAUCACAUUGAGUGUUAAUUCUGCAUGGUUUGGGUUUUCUUAAACUUGGACUAACUUCUCUAAUUCUCAUAGCUGUGACUAUGAAAUGUCAAGAAGAUGCAUCUUUCUGUGUAUGUACCACGAUAGGCUGCAGCAUGUUUGUGACUCUGGUUUCUUUUUGUUCAGAUGGCUUUAGACCACUUUACUGUUAACAUAAUUUUAUCUUGGCAUGUAUAACAUUGCCAUAUAGAGUAGAGUAGAAAGUUGCAAAAUAUGAUACCUUACAGAGAUAAACACUAAACAUAUCCAAAGUCCAUUCAGAAUUUUGUGUGUUGUAUUUUGCUAUUUUUUGUGAUGUGUGGCCUUUUAUUCUGUAAUAUUCUUCUAAAUAAAACAUUGAACAUCCGGCAAACACAAAACCUGCCUCAUUUGAAAAGCAUUUCAAAACUCCAAUUAAUAGUAGUCUUUAGAAAGUCUCGUACUGGGGGCUGGAGAGAUGGCUCAGUGGUUAAUAGCAUUGCCUGUUCUUCCAAAGGUCCUGAGUUCAAUUCCCAGCAACCACAUGGUGGCUCACAACCAUCUGUAAUGAGGUCUGGUGCCCUCUUCUGGCCUUCAGACAUACACACAGACAGAAUAUUGUAUGCAUAAUAAAUAAAUAUUUAAAAAAUGAUUUAUUAAAAAAAAAAGAAAGUCUUGUACUUUAAUAUUUGUCAGUAUAGUGUCAACUCUUACCAAGGUAGCUUCUUGGUAAACCCAGUAGCUACUCAGUGCUAUUUGUACUGAAUAAAGCGAUGCCUAAUAUACUUCCCAUUGUUAUUCCAGUAAGAUACUAGCAGUGUAGCUGGUAGAGAAUGAAGCGUGCGGUGAUUUUGAAGCUCUUUGGAAUAUUCUGAAACAAAUACCCAUGGUGGCAUCUUUACAAAUUGUUUCUCCUGAUGGGAAGAAUUAGUAUAUAUAUGUAUGUUACAUGUCUGAAAAUGAGUUGAUUAUGUCUUAAAUUCAGUUGUGUUUUAAAAUACAUCCCCAACUAUCUAAUCUUUAAGAAGAGAAUUUUUCCUAACAUUUUAAAAUGCAUACUAAGUAAAAAUACUUUUUUUCCCUGAUCCUAGAGCUUUUGUCUGUAUGUAUAUACAUACAUACAUACAUACAUACACACACACACACAAGGACUUUCCAGUUCUUUAAAAACAAAACAAAAAAAGACAUGGGAGAAAAUUAGUAAUGUCUGUAACAUGCUGUUUAGGUUAUCAAAAGAAUUGCUCCGAAAGAAAGAGAGAUCAAGGAGCAAAAAAGAAAAAAAAGAACGGCUCCGUGCAGAGCAUUUAUUUAUGGGUUCCCCCACCCCUGCUUUGUAAUUUUUUUUUCAAUAGAACAGAUAUGAGUUGAGAAGACAAUCAUCUAGACUUUAUUUUCAGAAUAUAAAGAGCAUUUAGAAAACUACUUAACUAUCAUUAAUUGUACCUCAAGAUUCACAGUUAAUCUGAUUGCACAAAGCGCAAGCCCUUGUUUUAGUAGUUGUGCUAGUAGAUUUUUAGUUCUUACACAUUGUUUUCCCAAAACUAUUUCCUUUUUUGUUUUCCAAUCAGUUGGCUUUAUAGAAAUACUUGAAUUUAUAGUUAAUUUGUAAUUUUGUCUUUAUAGCUUUUAAAAGUAGUUUAACUUGUUUUUAUUGCUUGAUUACAAAGCUGAGGAAAUUGUUUCACUAUGUAAGACUUCAGUGAUUAUUGUUUGAAUUAUUUUUCUGGGUAAACUAUUACAGAAAUGAACACUACAAAGAGAUUGUAAGUGAAAGUAAAGAUAGGUUUUGCAUCAUAGCUGGUUCUGAUUGGGUAGUGCCAAUGGAUCAGAAUGUCUCCGAACAGAUACCCACAAUAGAUUUGUGUCAGGAAGGAAGCUACUGGUUGUUUUAAAACAUUGACUUAGAACUAGUUUCUUUUAAAUCACUUAAUUGGAACCUUUAGAAUUUGUCAAGAAUUAAUCCGUCAGCUCUUUGUUUGCCCCAGUGUGGUCCAGAUACUCACUGGCUCUGCCAGGUGGCCUUUGCCUCUUGUUUCCUAGUGGAAGGUGUUAAGCUAAACACGAAGACUGCUUCAUGUUCUGGAUAGGCACGUGCUGGGUUUCUGGCAUUUGGGGUAAUAGUAUUAACUGAUGAGUCUCAUUAACUUUCUCGUGCGUAUUUUGAGCAGUUGGUAUGAUUGUGAUUGGUCGUAUCUGUUCCACGUGGUGGUAGUUUUAAUCACAGAACUUUGUACAACAGGUCUCUGUAGAAAUGGGUUGGGUUUCUCAUUCCCCAGAAGGGACUUAGACUUGAUUGAUACAAAGAACUAAAUGAGCAUUGUUGUGUCUUUUGUUUCUAUUCGCUGUAAGUAUUCCUUGUAUGAUUUAUGCAUUUAUAGUUGGCAAACUGUGUAGUUUGAUAAACUUUCAUUGUUAAAUUUUUUUUUAAACUAAUUCUUUUUAUACAAAAUAAAGUAUAUGGCAAGUGCUGAUUGCCAUCACUGCCUGCAGUGGGGUUCUCAGCUGCCUUGAAGGGAUUCGCCUGCUAUGUGACAAACAACAAAUCACUCUAAAAACAAGAAGGCUGUCCAGGCCACAGAGGGAAGUGUUGAGGGCUCUGUUCACUUCCUUUUUCCCCCAGUGCCAGAGGGUGUGAAGGUACUGGUUUGUUUCUGUUUGCUUUUAUUUCUCUUCCUAGACAAUUCCAUGUUACUAAAAGCACAUGCUCUGUAUUCUCUGAUUCCCCCACAUGCCUCGUGUGUUUAUAGUAUUUUUGAAAGAUUGAUAAAUAAAUUGGGUAUUUCUAUGGGAUCGUAAGUCGUGACUGUUCUCUGUGGAAGGGGAAAGCAUAAUUAAGUUAAUGCACUUCUUUUCCUAGCUCCAAAGUCACUGUGAUGUAUAUUUUUUUAAUGGAAUUUAGAAAACUUGUUUCCUCGAUUGUAAAAUUAGUUUACAAAUGCUGCUUCUCUUAGCAUUAGUCUAGUAAAUGUUGGACUGUUUCCUGCAAACUGCAUUUUACAAAAUUUAAACUUCAAAACUGUAUUAACUUUUAUAGUUAACAUUGUAUUAAAUAAAGUAUACUAUAAUAAACAA